UUUACAAAAGAAAACUAUUGAAUGUCGAUAACAACUUUUUUACUUGACCCUUCUGCGCACUCGCGAAAUUCUGCUCCGCGAGCGUCAGUCGAAACCGCGGCGUUCGAAAGCUCAUUCUCCUGUCAGUUAUCAAUCAACUAAAUUAUUUAAUCACCAACAAAAUAAUUACGGUCUACUCAAAUUAAAAUAUAUAAUCUACCAAAUUAAUACCAAGUAAUUUAAUUACUUAAUUAACAUCAUUAAUAUAAAUAUUAAAUAUUAAAUAUAAAAAUAAGUGAUGUCCAUAUUCGCUUGUUGCUUUCGUCGGAUUUAUUUAUUCAGUUGUGUUUAUUAAUAUAUAUAAAUAUAUCAAUACUGUAUUAUUACUACUUACUACUUACUACUUACUACUAAGUCAUAAAUAAUAACGUAGUACACGUUAAGCGUUUGUGGGUGAACGGUUGCAUUUUCCACUCUUUAGACAAUUUCAUGCUCAACUAUCAAAGGCCCGUACGUCCUUGGUGUAAUUAAACAAAGCAUUUGCGAAUUGACGACCCUAAGAUCCCGAUUAUAAUGGAGCCGCCAGAAAUAUCCUGGGAAAAUACUCUGGGAUCUCCUAAUGGAGUUCCCUUUGAUGACGACACCAAAGAAUUAGUUAACAAUUGCCUGCAUGUUUGUAUGCCACCGCCAGUAACUCUGUCGACUUUAAUGAAGCGAAGUGAAAUAUUUCCGAUUCAGUUUCCAAUAAAGACUGUCAGGUGUUCGUUUUUAAAAGAAAGGGGAAUUAAAGCUGACAUACUUGAGCUCAAUUCAAACUCGGCGUAUCCAAUAAUCCAUGAGGCCAUGCUUCCUUUGAUAGCUGGCUGGUUGAAAUACAAACGGGAACAUGGGACUGCUGUUGAGAAAUCAGUGUACAAAAAUAUGGGCCUGAUACAAUUUACCCAGAGGCUGUUGGAGAAACGCGCGGUGGCAUUUUACGGUUCCGAUGACAGAUGGAAAUUGAUAGACAAAAAAACUGGCGAAGGCGGCUGGGAAUUUGUCGGCACUGAUCAAGAAAAGGAACCGCUUGUUCUGUCAAAAUGUCUGUCUUAUGACGAAAUAAAAUUGUCGGCCAUGAUGGCCGUGUCCUCGCACACUGAGUUCAUAAAUAACGGAGCCCGCGAAAACCGCGGAGUCGUCUGCAAUGAUCCGGACGGAUUCCAACCGAGGGGAGUUAUCAUGGGGGUGAUUGGAUCCAGAUUCGAGCGAUCGCGUCUUAUGGAGUUUCAGGAUAUCGUCAUCACUCCGUUGCAAAAUAAUAUGGACAAUGGUUACGGGCCUUCUGUGGACGGAGUACCGGAAAUACGAGAACUGCGCACCCUCUGGUCGCGGUUUUACGGUGAGGACUAUCACCCUCUUUACGAGCAAGCUGUGAGACGAAUUAGGUCCAGAGAAAACAAACGCUAUAUUUCUUUGACGAACCAGACAAUUUUUGACGUAGAAAAUUAUAUGAAGCGAACUCUGCUGUCAGUCGAAAUAAUUCUGUUGGAAGCUAACACUCGGGCUGAGAAACAAAAUACUACUGCAUUUCUCCACGUCGUUGGCUUUGGUCUAGGUGUCUGGAGAAUAAUGCACGAUCAAGAAAUGUAUUUUUUGAAAACAUUCGAAAUAGCAUUGAAAAAAAUGAAUAGAAAAUUAAAAUAUGUAUCGGAUAUUAUGUUCGCUUAUUUUAGUCAACAAAAAUGUGGCGGUGCUGGCAAUGGUGAUUAUUUAGGAGAUAUUAGAAUACAUUUUGCAUUAAGAGAACCACACAGUAAACUAGUCCGUUCGACGGACGCAGACAAACUUCUGGUAGUAACAUACGCAUGGGACGGAAACGCAUUCCCGGGUAAUGAAUUUUGGAGCGGAUAUUUAGCAGCGAGUGGUGACCCAGCAGCGGCAUGCAGCAGCCAAAUCUCCGAACUGCACAACCCCAUGAUAAAUUCCCGUAUCUGCGGAACGAGUUUGCACAUCGCGUCACCAGAGCACGGUCUCUUGCACAUAUCGGACUACGUUAAACUUCACCUCGCUUAG